GGAAAUAAAAAAGAUGUUCUUGAGAUGGGAAAAACGAAGAGUUGAGAAAAGCUUACACCAAACCCCUAACACGCGCAGAGAGGGACGAUUGAUUAUGCUGCCCGCAGCAGCUAAUAAACCCUUCUCCCAUUUCAAACACUUCCUCCAUCCUCCAUCUUUAGCCUUCUACGCCACCGUCAUUUCUUCCAUGGAUUCUCCACCCAGAUUCCUCCAACCCACACUCUCGAGCUCCGCAGCUCGCUCCCCUCCGAGAUUAUCCGACAUUGGUGACGGGUCGAUAACGUUGCAGGAGUGGCAACGAUGGGGCCCCGUGUCUCCGAUACCUUCCAAGGUUUUGGAGGUUAUCGACGAGUUGAAGCUUCUGGAGAAAAAUGUUGAUACCCAGAUGAGCUUUGGCGGUUCUGGGGGAAAACUUAAGGGCGACUUUAGAACCCACGAGGAGAAGAAGCACAGAGCAACGUAUUUAGCUUUAGAUGACCCUGAAAGCAAGAUCCAUUUCUAUGCAGCUCGUCAAAUUGCUUGCCGUUUGCUUGGAAGUAGAGGUUAUCUUUGCCAGAAGUGCUGGCUUCCCUUGGAAGAAGAUUGCAUGUGUUCACUACUGAAGCCAUGUACAUUGUGGCCUGGGAUACGAUUCUGGAUAUAUAUGCAUCCAAAGGACUUCUUACGACAGAACAACACUGGGAAGCUGUUGUGGCAAAUUUUUGGACCUCAUUCAGCCACUUUAUGUAUUUUUGGCAUAUCUGAACACGAGGAGAUUAUGUGGAAUGCAUUUAAAUCUGCAGGAAAAAGCAAGGUCUGGUGUCUUUACCCUAAUAAAAAUUCCGUGACAACAUCAGUCCAGGAAGCUUUUGGUCAAGAAUCUUCAGCAAAUCAAGAUAUCACUCCGAAUCUUACAAAUGCAGAUGAAGCUUUGAACUUUCUGUUGAUUGAUGGCACUUGGAGCAACUCUGCUGCAAUGUUCAGGCGGUUGAAGGAACAGUCGCAGUCUGUGUGGGGGGAGGAUCUUCCUUGCAUAUCCUUGGCUACUGGAGUAUCCACGAUGCACAAACUCCGGCCACAGCCAUCGUGGGACCGUACUUGUACAGCAGCAGCAGCAGCAGGGCUGCUGUUUGAGCUUCAAGAACUAAUAGGGUUCAGCUGCUUUGGCCUGGAGAAGCAGGGUGAAGCGUUGGAGGAUGCUGUCUCUCUUCUUUUGGAUGCUCUAACCACUCGCCGUCUUAGGAUGGGUCGGUCUAUAACCCGGAAAACGAGACAUGCAAUAACUAAUUGAGAAUCAUCAUGUAUCAUAAGAGGGAAAGCUGUUUGGAAAUUUUUCAUACUUUGAAUAUAUUUGCCUUCCUGCAUGGUUAGCAAAUGCUUUUCUUUUCAGCAAAUUUGCUGAGAUUUCAUUUGAGUGACUAUUUGCAUUGAAAAUUGCGGCGAAACUGCUCGUCAUUCUUCUCUUUUGAGAGAUGACUGAUCAUGUUGAUCUUGAAAUUUUAUUAAUGUCGUUGAUGAAAUUUAAUUACAAGAGUACGCUUAUAAGAAAGAUUUCAAGCAAGAGCUGUUGAGCUUAUCAAACGACAUGAUCAGGUUCAUCGGGUCCAGAUCGGGUCAGUAACUGAUGAGUCAGUAACCCAUCAGUAACCCCUUCUAUGGUCCCCACGUGUCAUACACUUUUUUAUUUAAAUUAAAUGUGAAAAGGGCA